GAAUUUUUGAACAGCAAGAUACAAUUCCAGUCUGGUGGAGGUUAAUGGCGGAUUUGGGGAGAUGGUUGCCGACACAAAGAGGUACUACGUGCUUGGAGGCAAAGGUGGUGUUGGGACAACAAGCAUGGCAGCAUCGCUUGCUAUGAAGUUUGCCAGCCAUGGUGAACCGACGCUCAUACUUUCUAUGCACCCAGCACAUUCACUGGGUGAUACAUUUGAACAAGACCUGAGUGGCGGUAGUAUUGUACCUGUCAAUGGAGUCGACUCUCUUUUUGCUGCCGAGAUUGGCCAUGUUAAUACAAAGGAGGAAUCUUCUAAUAGUGGAUCUUUUAUGCGUAAUAUACUGGACAAGAUAGGGCUUGGAGUCCUUGCUGAUCCGCUGGGAAAGAAUAAGCUGCAUGAAAUGCUGAUGAAAACUCCUGGAUUUGGAGAAGCCGUUGCAAUUUCGAAGCUGAUGCAAAUCGUCGAACUGCAAGAGAGCAAUAAAUUUAGGCGCAUAGUUUUGGAUACCGCGGCAACUGGGCAUACACUUAACCUUUUAUCUGCUACAACUUUAAUGGAGAAGCUCCUUGGUAUGGCCAAUAAGGCUGUGAAUUUAGCGUCGUCCUUCCCAGCUCUUAAAUCGGCUUUCGGGAAAGACCAAAUAGAUCCUGCCAGGAUAGAGGUGCUAAGAAAGCAGAUUGCCGGAGUACAUGAGCUUAUGCAAGAUCCACAAUCAACUGAAUUUAUCAUUGUGACGAUUCCUACGGUCAUGGCGAUUACCGAGUCAUCAAGGUUCCAUGCAUCUUUAAAGAAGGAUGGUGCGCCAGCAACAAGGCUUAUCGUAAAUCAAGUAUUGCCCCCCUCUACAUCUGACUGCAGAUUUUGUUCUACAAAACGCAAGGAAGAAGCACGUGCCCUGAAUAUGAUAAGCAAUGAUCGUGAGCUUGGCGGCCUAGAGCUAAUCCAAGCGCCACUUCUCGAUGUGGAGGUCAGAGGCGCCCCUGCUCUCAGAUUCUUGGGCGAUGUGGUCUGGAAAUAGCUGCUAGGAUGCCAUGCCGUGACGAGAAUUUUGUUGUUUCGUCUGAAGCUCCACAGUACUGGUGGCGGCACUCAAAUUGUCCAGAAAUGUGGUGGGAUCUGGAGAAAAGAUGAAACCCAGCAGGAUACCAGGCUGUUCAGGCUGUAGAUCUGCUUCAGCUUUUCACGAUUGGUAGGUUUUUCAAUAACAAACGGAGUAUUAGUUGCUGCCCUCACGUGUUUAUCUCUUAAUUGGACAAUCCAUGAUCGUGUUGUAUCUGUCGGUGCAACCGUCGAGUUUAACCCUGUAUUUGUCAUGAAACAGCGCAUUUCUAAACGAAGCAAAUCCGUUGUUUUCAGUGGGUAAA